CAGUGAAAUGGUACCAGGUACACCUAUCUCUGCUUUUCACAUAUCCUCGUUCAGAGCAUGCGCUAUAUCAAUCCACGGAGCAGCCCCACCUAACACAACUUUAGUUUUUCUAGGUCAGCUUCACUGCUGAGAAAUAUUUUUUAAAGAAAAGAGAAAAGACCAAACAUGGCCUCCACCAUCUUACAGACUGGUGCUUUUGUCCUGGGCAUUAUUGGUGUUGCAGCUCUUAUUGCCUCCACUGCCAUGGAUAACUGGAGCAGUCAGGAUCGUCAAGGGGAUGUUGUGACUGCUGUGUACACUUAUAAGGGACUUUGGCGAAAUUGUGAAGUAUCCACAUCAGGGUUUACCGAAUGUCGGCCUUUCUAUGGUCUCCUGGGUUACUCAGGUUCUUUUCAAGCUGUGAGGGCCCUGAUGAUUGUGGGAAUCGUUAUGGGGGUCAUCAGUGGCCUGAUUAGCCUUUUCUCCCUGAAAUGCUUGAGAAUGGGCAACAUGGAAGAUUCUCCCAGAGGAAAAAUGACUCUGACUGCUGGAAUCAUGUUUAUGGUUGCAGGUAUUUGUGGCAUCGCUGGAGCCUCAAUCUAUGCCAAUCAGAUUGUGGCUAAUUUUAUGAGUACCAUGUAUAACUCCAAUAGUGGUGGCAUGAUAGGACAGAUGGGAGGAAUUGGUGGAAUGGGAGGAAACCUUAUUCCAAGGUACACUUUUGGACCUGCACUUUUUGUGGCUUGGAUAGGAGGAGCAUUGGUGCUAUUGGGUGGGAUAUUGGCUUGUGUUGCUUACAAAGGACUUCAGCCUGAGAAGACUAACUAUGGAGCAGUGGCUUACAAAGCUCCUUCCCACCACAAUGCAACUGUACAGCACAUUGCCAAUGAAGAAGGAAGAAGAGACCAAAAAUAUGUCUAA